AUGGCCGUACUAGCUCUCUUGAGCGCCUUGGGCCAGGGUCUGGUACUUCCCAGCGUGUACAGCCUCUACACGUUCCUCAUGUGUCGUGUACACGCUGCGCGCACAGGACAGCAAGCGCCCGACCACCAAGCAGCAAAUGAAUUGCUUUCAGGUCUCUGGAAUGUCUCAUCAGCCACGCCAGCGAGCCCAGAGCUGCGCCUGCUUGAGAAGACAAGAUCUUGGUUGCCGCCCACCCCUCAUCUGCCCACUUCGUCCGCCUGCUCCGAUCCAUGGGUGCCCCAAGCCACGUCUGCCUUCUCAGCGAGUAUGGCCACGACGGGCGCAAUACUGUCGCUGAUUCUACUGGGAAAAGCUACUUUUCUAUCCCGCCGCUUUGGACGAAAGCCGAUUUUGCUCUUUUCCAAUCUGGUCAUCGUCUUUGGUUAUGCGACCUUUCCUCUGUCGCCCAGACUGACAGCUUACUUAGCGCCCGCACUCGUCGCGCUUGGGAUCGUUGCCGCCGAAGGCAGCGCCGGCGCUCCGCAAAGGAUGGCAGUGCAAAAUUACGUGGUGGACUGCACAGGCGAAGCGGCGAGAGCAAGCGCGCUGAGCUUCAUCGAAGGUUUUGGUCAAUUGGGCGCCUUUCCAGCCGCAACGUUGGGUGGAUGGCUCGCUGCUGCGACGGGUCAAUUCUUUGCGCCAUUCUACGGCGGUAUCGCCAUGUUCUCCACUGCAGUGCUCUAUGUGCUGCUGUUCGUACCCGAAAGCAAGAGAAAGCAUGUUCACACGUUCAUCGAUGAUUGGGAGCAUCGCGUGAGCGACUCGGACGAGAGUGCAGCUGGAGCUUACUCAGCCGAGAGGGAAAGACAUGAGGAACAAGACCAAAGGAACACGUCUAACAUCUCGGCGGCUCGUCAGCAACAGGGUGGCAAUGAGCAGCGCAACUGGAGAGAUAGCAGACGAACAUCCACAUUCAGUUUUCUCACCACCUCAUCUACGGCAGGAGCCGCGCAGCGUCUCGCGUCGAGUCUCAACAUCAUCAAUCCUCUCGGCAUCUUUAUUCCUCGGCGCAGACCCGACAAGACGUGGGAUUUGCGCCUGCUCAACCUCGGCCUCAUUACAGUAUUCGACGAAGCCUUUCAAAUCUUCAUCGUGCCGCUCUUGCUGCUCUACAACUCGGACAGCUUUGGGUUUGACGUUGUGCAGAAUGGCUAUCUGGUCACCCUCAUCCAGGGCACACGCGCCAUCUACCUCACGCUUAUUUUUCCUCGCUCGAUCGCGUGGGCUCGCAAACGUGUGGCACGGCGAGCCAAGAGCAAGCGUGAAGCCCACGCUCGAGCUGCAUCCGGCGAGACUACGCCCUUGUUGCGGCAAGACGAUGAGGAAGAGGAAAGGGAAAGCUAUGGCAAGCUGGACUUUGUGAUCCUCUUGACAUCCUAUCUGGUAGCAGCGACAGCAUUCACCCUCAUCGCCCUCGCCAGGCGCUUUUCUCGUACCCACGCCGACUCUACGACUUUGCUUUCGAGCGCAACACUCCCAUCUGACAUUCCGCCAUGGAGGCUAUUGGUCCCAGGCGUGAUCAUGCUGGAACUGGCUUCGGGGACGGUUUCCGUUCGGACAGCUCUGGUGGUCAAUACCCUCCCAUCUUCGGAGCAGACCAGAGCUAUCCAAGCCAACCAGAUUCUGAGCACCAUCGUCCUCACCCUAGUACCCUUGACAGCCUCGGCAGUGUACAGCUUCGGUCUCGAGAAGGGUCACCCAGAGGCGGUCUGGCUUGCCAAAGCGGGCUGCGCUUUGGGAGCUGCGCUAGGCAGCUUGGCUUUGUUCUGGACUCAUCGCCAUAGAAACGGAGAGGAAGAGCAGGGAGAUGCAGCACGUUCGCGUCAUUGA